AUGAUCGCUGUGUGGAUAAAAAGUACGCGAAUAUUUUUUAAUCGCUAUCCAGUGGCUCGAGGAAUGCUGACUUAUAGCUUGAUGUGGCCAACCGGAUGUUUGGUGCAGCAGUCCGUAGCUGGAACAGACUGGAGACACUAUGAUUGGCACAAAUGUUUCCGGUUUUUUAUCUACGGAGGUUUUAUUGUUGCUCCAUCUUUGUAUUGUUGGAUUCGGUUAGCUUCGUUGAUGUGGCCAGCGCAGAAUCUAAAAUCGGCUAUAGCCAAGGCAUUAACUGAACAAGUUAGUUACACUCCGAUGGCGAUGACUUGUUUCUACUUUGGCAUGAGUCUACUCGAAUCCAAAACAAUCAAGGAAGCGUUUGAGGAAGUAAAAGCAAAAGUUCCUCCAACAUAUAAGGUCGCUCUAUGUAUAUGGCCAUUGCUGCAGACAUUCAACUUCGCAGUUGUACCAGAAAAAAACCGGGUCCCUUUUGUGAGUAUGUGCAGUCUUCUAUGGACCAUUUUUCUCGCUUACAUGAAACAAUUGGAACUUGAGAAACUGCAACAAAGCAAUAUACAUUAGGUCACA